CCCAUCUUUUGGUGGUGGGCAAGUAUCGACUGACAAACCUUCCCCGCCAUUUUGCUUGCAGGAUCAAGCCAAAGGCGGCAGGAGCUAGUCGCUCGGUACUUCGGCACGCUUGGGGCUUUGGGGAGGAAAAAUGUUGGCCCCAAAGGUGAGGGGAAGAUAGAAGAGAGAGCCACUCGGGGAGAGAUAUGGACGCCACUACUGCCACUACUGUGACUACUGUCACUAACCUGUCCCUGUCUCGCAUGGCGAGCAAUGGGGAGCACGCGGUUGCCUUUGGAAUGGGUAAUUCAGCCGUACAGAGUAUGGAUGGGAAGAGAUGAAGUAUGAGUCGACGCGCAUACUACGAAUGCCUACAGGGAAGAGAGAAGGCUUGUCUGUCUGUCACGCACAGGGAUCAUUUGUUGGAGGAUCCAGAAUAUACUUAACCUAGACGUCACCUUCCCGAGAAGAAGGCUAGGUCCCUGUCCCCAAUCCCGUUCCCACUUAGCAAUCAAUCGCGCUUUGGUUAGAUAGCCGUGCCCGUCAUAUAUCCUCUUCUUCCUCCUCCUGCUCUCCACCGCUUCCUACCAUCGUCGCCCUAUAGACUCGAGUGACACUCCUUGCACCCAAGUCUUACGUUGUGGCGCAUCAGCGAUGGUCUGACAGACGAUCCGUGCCGAUCAUAUUCAACAGCCACAGCACGGCCACAGCAUGUCUGACCCCUCGGUGCCACGAGCGACCAACGCAGCGCUGGGCCCAGCUGCUGCCGUGAACAGCACGAACCGUGAAGAACCGAUCGCCGUUGACAGCGAGCAGGACAGCCGCGCGCGCGAGAGUGACGAAAAAACCGAGAGGGAUGAGAGGGAUACGGAUUUUGAGAAGGCUGAGAGCCAUGAGAGCGAUGCAGGCUUCGAGAAGACCAAGAGUGCCGCUGAGGCAAAACCGAUAGGAGAGCCCCUGGCUCCAUAUGCCACCUCUGCGAGCGGCGCCUCUGCAACAACUACCGUGCCAACGGUGGCAGCGAAGAAGCCAUGGUACAAAACGCCCAAUCCCAUGAAAUGGGGGUCCAUCCCGCCCAUCCCUACAGAGAGAGGGGUGUCGAGGGAGGCGACUGCGGGGUGGUUCAGCUUAUUGACUUUCCAAUGGAUGGCGCCAGUCAUGACUGCUGGCUACAAACGACCACUCGACCAGAACGACAUCUGGCUCGUCAACCCCAAGCGCAAAGCAACACCGAUGACCGAGCGUAUGCAAGCUUCCUUCAAGCGUCGCGCAGAGCGCGGCGACAAAUACCCCCUCCUCUGGGCCAUGCACGAGACCUUCAAGUGGGAGUUCUGGAUCGGCGGUUUCUGCCAGUUCUUCGCCAAUCUGUUCACCGUCUUUGCGCCCUUCACGCUGCGCUUCUUGAUCCAGUUCGCCACCGACGCAUAUAUCGCACAGAAGACGGGCGCGCCGGCACCGCAUAUUGGAAAGGGCGUUGGGCUGGUCAUCGGCGUCACGGCUAUGCAGGUGUGUCAGAGUUUGGGAAUGAGCCAUUUUAUAUACAGGGGUAUGAUGAUUGGAGGACAGUCGCGCGCGGUGAUGAUAUCGUGUAUUUUUGAGAAGGCGAUGAAGAUUUCGGGGCGUGCUAAGGCAGGUGGGCGUGCGCUGGAUGAUGAUUCUGAGGGGGCGGCCAAGCCGGCUGCUGGGAAAGGGGAUGGCAAGGACAAGAAAGCGGGGGAGAUGGGGAAGGAGGAGCAGGCGCCGGGGGUGUCUGGUGAUGGUACGGGAUGGGGGAGCGGCCGCAUUGUCAAUCUCAUGGCUGUGGACACCUACCGUGUCGAUCAGGCAUCGGCUAUGUUCCAUUUGAUCUGGACGGCCCCGAUAGCCUGUAUCCUCACCCUGGUUCUCCUCGUCAUUAACUUACACGAGAGUGCGCUUGCCGGUUUUGCCCUGCUUGUUCUCGGCAUUCCCGCCCUCACCAUGGCCGUCAAGAGCUUGUUCGCCCGCCGUAGGGCAAUCAACAAGAUCACCGACCAGCGCGUGAGUUUGACGCAGGAAAUCCUCCAGGCCGUGCGGUUCGUCAAGUAUUUCGGCUGGGAGAUGGCCUUCCUGGACCGCCUGCGCAGUAUUCGUGAUAGGGAGAUUUACGCCAUUCAGAUCCUCCUGGCUAUCCGUAACGCAAUCAACGCUGUCUCGAUGUCUAUGCCCAUCUUCGCCUCUAUGUUGGCUUUCAUCACUUACUCGCUUACCAACAACAACCUCGAUCCAGCAAAAGUCUUCUCCUCCCUUGCUCUAUUCAAUUCUCUACGUAUGCCGCUGAACCUGCUGCCACUCGUUAUUGGCCAGGUCGUCGACGCAUGGAGCUCCGUCAACCGUAUCCAGGAGUUCCUCUUGUGUGAGGAACAGCCAGAAGAGGCAACCUGGGAUAUGGAGGCCGAGAACGCCGUCGAGAUGAACAACGCCAGUUUCACCUGGGAGCGCACCGUCACACAAGAAGCAGAAGACCUCAAAGGGAAGCCCGUCAAGCCCACUACGAAAGAGAAAAAAUCCAAAAAGACCACCGCCGGCGACUCGAACCCCAGCCCAAGCGACGCCAGCUCCGGCGACCUAACCCCCGACUCCGCCAGCACAUCAGCCCCACCCCCCGAGCCCUUCAAGUUGCACGACCUCGACAUCAAACUCGGCCGCAACGAGCUCGUCGCCGUAAUCGGCGGCGUCGGCAGCGGCAAGAGUAGUUUCCUCGCCGCGCUGGCGGGGGACAUGCGCAAGACAAGCGGGGACGUGCUGUUUGGCGCCAAUCGGGCGUUCUGCCCGCAGUACGCGUGGAUCCAGAAUGCGAGCGUGCGCGAGAACAUCGUCUUCGGGAAGGAGAUGUCGCGGGGGUGGUAUGACAAAGUCAUUGAUGCGUGUGCGCUGCGUCCGGAUCUGGAGAUGUUGCCGAGUGGCGAUGGGACGGAGAUUGGGGAGCGCGGGAUUACGGUGUCGGGGGGGCAGAAGCAGAGGAUUAAUAUUGCGAGGGCGAUUUACUUUGAUGCGGAUAUUGUGAUUAUGGAUGAUCCGCUCAGUGCGGUGGAUGCGCAUGUUGGGAGACAUAUUUUUGAUAAUGCAAUUUGUGGGCUGUUGAAGGAUAAGUGCAGGGUGUUGGCUACGCAUCAGCUUUGGGUGCUGAAUAGGUGUGAUAGGAUUAUUUGGCUGGAGGAUGGGAGGGUGCAGGCUGUUGAUACGUUUGCGAAUCUUAUGGCGAAUGAUGCGGGGUUCCAGCACCUGAUGGAGACUACGGCAGUGGAGGAGCGGGAAGAGAAGAAGGAAGAUGAGGAGGAGGCGGGAGAGGAAGUGAAGGACAAGAAGAGCAAAAAGAAGAAGGCUGCGGGGUUGAUGCAAGCAGAAGAGCGCCAGGUCAAGAGUGUCCCAUGGUCCGUCUAUGGAUCCUACAUCAAGGCAUCAGGGAGUAUGUGGAGUCUCGUCUUGGUCCUGCUCCUCCUGGUUCUAUCGAACGGAGCCAACAUCGUGACCUCUCUCUGGCUCUCCUGGUGGACGAGCGACAAAUUCGGCUUCUCGUCCGGUACAUACAUCGGCGCGUAUGCCGCACUGGGCGUUUCGCAGGCGCUCCUAAUGUUCGCAUUCUCUGUAUCUCUCACCGUGUUUGGUACGACAUCUAGUAAGGUGAUGCUGAACCGGGCGAUCACGAGGACGCUGCGGGCGCCGAUGGCCUUCUUUGACACGACGCCGCUUGGGCGCAUCACGAAUCGGUUCUCGAGGGAUGUGGAUACCAUGGACAAUUUCCUUACGGAUGCGAUUCGCAUGUACUUUUUGACGCUUGGCAUGAUCUUCGCGACGUUUGCGCUGGUUAUUGCGUACUUCCAUUAUUUCACAAUCGCACUCGUCCCGCUAUCCGUCAUCUUCGUAUUCUCCGCAGGAUACUACCGUGCCUCAGCCCGCGAGAUGAAACGAUUCGAGUCCGUCUUCCGCUCAAGCCUGUUCGCCAAAUUCAGCGAGGGCCUAUCUGGCACCGCGAGUAUCCGCGCCUACGGGCUCCAAGACCGCUUCGUCAUGGGCAUCCGCUCUGCAAUCGACGAGAUGAACAGCGCAUACUACCUCACCUUCUCGAACCAGCGCUGGCUGUCUAUCCGCCUCGACGCUAUUGGCAACCUACUCGUCUUCACGACUGGCAUUCUCGUCGUCACCUCCCGCUUCAACGUCAACCCCUCCAUUGGCGGCCUGGUUUUGAGCUACAUCCUCGCUAUCGUGCAGAUCCUGCAGUUCACUGUCCGCCAGCUUGCUGAGGUCGAAAACGGCAUGAACUCUACAGAACGUGUGCACUUCUACGGCACGGAGCUAGAAGAGGAAGCACCGCUACACACCAUCGAAGUCGCGGACUCGUGGCCCCAGGCCGGCGAGAUCAUAUUCAAAGACGUAGAGAUGCGCUAUCGACCCAAUCUCCCAUUGGUCCUGUCAGGCCUGAACAUGCACGUCCGCGGUGGUGAGCGCAUCGGUGUCGUCGGACGUACUGGUGCGGGCAAAUCAAGUAUCAUGUCCGCGCUCUUCCGACUCGUUGAGGUCUCCUCGGGCUCCAUCACUAUCGACGGGAUCAACAUCUCCACUAUCGGCCUCCAUGAUCUACGCUCGCGCCUGGCUAUCAUCCCGCAAGACCCGACGCUGUUCAAGGGAACCAUCCGCAGCAACCUCGAUCCGUUCAACGAGCAUACCGAUCUCGAGCUUUGGUCUGCGUUGCGGCAAUCCGAUCUCGUCUCUGCGGACGCAUCGCUCGAUGAUAAGGCACCUGGACGAAUUCACCUCGACGGUGUGGUUGAAGAGGAGGGUCUCAAUUUCUCCCUGGGUCAGCGCCAGUUGAUGGCGUUGGCUCGCGCGCUGGUGAGAGGGUCGCGCAUCAUUGUGUGUGAUGAAGCGACGAGCAGCGUGGAUAUGGAGACGGAUGAUAAGAUUCAGCGCACGAUGGCUGCUGGGUUCAAGGGCAAGACAUUGCUGUGCAUUGCGCAUCGGUUGAAGACGAUUAUUGGGUAUGAUCGCAUUUGUGUGAUGGACAAGGGGAGCAUUGCGGAGCUGGAUACGCCGCUGAGGUUGUAUGAGGCGGGGGGGAUCUUUAGGGGGAUGUGUGAUAGGAGUGGGAUUCGGAGGGAGGAUUUUGGAGAGAUUAAGGAGAUGGAGUAGGGGAAGAUGUUUUUGCAUGGGAAUAUGGCGUUACAUAGAAGUUACCCAUAUCAUGCAUUUGGGACAUGGUGGUAAAAAUAGUUCUCAUAUAUCUAUUUAUUAGAAGCCGUUAAUUCAAAAAUUUACUUAAUAUCAGAC